GUUGGAGUAAACACAAACUCCUCCUUCCCGGGUGACAGGCGGCAACACUGAAGCAUCGCCUCGCCUUUUCCAAGACAAUCUGGGCUCGGGACUUUAAUGUUGGCACCAUCGAGGUGGUGAGCAGCAUCCCUUCAAGGCUUGCAGCGCUGCCCUACAAAAACUCUGUUUGGUUGCUGCUUGGUGAAGACCCACAACUCGCUGCUGCCUGGAUCCAGGGAACAGCUCUCUUUACUGGGCUGUGGGAGCAGACCUCACUCACCCCACCACCACCUCCAGCUUCUGUCCAAGCUCUCGCUGAUGACGAUGGCAACGAUGUGACUACUGGACUCUGUCAGAACCAUGUGACCUGCUAUUAUGGAUCUGAGAAUCAGCAUACAUUGAAUCAACACUCAUCAAGUCACAAUGGUCCCACUUCUAUUUUUGAUGGCAACCACAACAACAUCCAAUUCCACAGGCAACAGCAACCAUACACAUGAAGACGUUCCAUCCCACAGCAACCACAUCCUCCCCAUCGUGCUGGUCCUGUCCCUGCUGCUGCUCAUCAUCGCACUGCUAGUCUGGUACUUCCUCAGGUUAAAAAACCAGAGAAAAGCAGUCGUCACAACAGUCGACAAGAAGAUACCAAAUGGCAUCCUGGAGGAACAAGAGCAACAGACGGUGGUCCUCCUGCCCAGAUCCCCUUCAGCCUCUAAGACCUACUUCCCCAUCCCAGUGGACCACCUUGAGGAGGAGUACAGGCUCCGCUCAGCUGACGAUGGCAAACUCUUCAGGGAAGAGUAUAAUUCCUUGCCAGGGGGUAGUGCCCACGGGAUGUAUGAAGAGGCUAACAAGGACGACAACAAGGAGAAGAACAGAUACCCUAACAUCCUUCCCUAUGAUCAUUCCAGAGUGGUGUUGACUCAGCUGGAUGGAAAUCCCUGUUCGGACUAUGUGAAUGCUUCGUAUAUUGAUGGUUUCACGGAAAAGAACAAAUUCAUAGCAGCACAAGGUCCAAAAGAAGAUACGACAGCAGAUUUCUGGAGGAUGAUUUGGGAGCUGAAAGUUGCAACUGUUGUCAUGCUGACAAACCUGAAAGAAAGGAAAGAAGACAAGUGUUACCAGUACUGGCCAGAUCAGGGAUGUUGGACCUAUGGGAAUGUGAGAGUGGCAGUAGAAGACUUCACUGUUCUCGUGGACUACACCAUACGCAAGUUCUGUAUACAAUAUCAAGCCAGCGAUGCCGCCAAGACUCCCAGGCCGGUCACCCAGCUCCACUUCACCAGCUGGCCCGACUUUGGAGUUCCUUUCUCCCCCAUCGGCAUGCUCAAAUUCCUCAAAAAGGUCAAGGUGGUCAAUCCCGCCUUCGCUGGGCCUAUUGUGGUCCACUGCAGCGCUGGUGUCGGGAGGACAGGAACCUUCAUCGUAAUAGAUGCCAUGAUCGACAUGAUGCACGCAGAGCAGAAAGUUGAUGUGUUUGGCUUCGUUUCUAAGAUACGAGAACAGCGCUCACAGCUCAUUCAGACAGAUAUGCAGUACUCAUUCAUCUACCAGGCCCUGCUUGAAUACUACCUCUAUGGAGACACAGAGUUGGACGUGUCGUCUCUGGAAGGACAUCUGCACAAGCUGCACAACACCUUUGCAAACGGUGACCGGGUCGGCCUAGAGGAAGAGUUUAAGAAACUGACCAACAUGCGAAUAAUGAAAGAGAACAUGAGAACGGGGAACCUUCCUGCCAACAUGAAGAAGAACAGAGUCCUGCAAAUUAUUCCAUAUGACUUCAACAGAGUCAUUCUCUCCAUGAGACGAGGUCAGGAGUUCACGGAUUACAUCAAUGCAUCUUUUAUAGAUGGCUACAGACAGAAGGACUACUUCAUUGCCACCCAGGGCCCUCUGACACACACAGUAGAGGAUUUCUGGAGGAUGGUGUGGGAAUGGAAAUGUCACUCCAUUGUAAUGCUCACUGAACUCCAGGAGAGGGAGCAGGACAAAUGUUGCCAGUACUGGCCGACAGAGGACUCAGUCACCUAUGGAGAUUACACAGUAGAGCUGAAGGGAGACACUUUGUGUGACACCUUCAGUCUACGAGACUUGGUACUCACCUUUGUCCCGGAGAAGCAGACGAGGGUGAUCAGGCACUUCCACUUCCACGGCUGGCCGGAGGUCGGCAUCCCGGCCGAGGGGAAAGGCAUGAUCGACAUCAUCGCCUCAGUGCAGAGACAGCAGCAGCAGUCUGGGAACCAUCCCAUCGUCGUACACUGCAGUGCUGGUGCAGGGCGAACAGGUACGUUCAUUGCACUGAGCAAUAUCUUGGAACGAGUCAAAGCAGAAGGCCUGCUGGACGUGUUCCAAACUGUGAAGAGUUUACGCAUGCAGAGGCCUCAUAUGGUCCAAACUGUGGAACAAUAUGACUUCUGCUACAGGGUGGUACAAGACUUUGUCGACAUUUUCUCAGACUAUGCCAAUUUUAAAUGAUGAGAUUUGCCUUAAACAUGGUUUUUAAUGUUGUUUUCUAAAGCUGGUUUGUCAGUUUUAUGUGUUUCUUUAACUUGGUCAAAUGAUCUAUUUUGCUAUGCACUUGUCCUACCAUUAACUGAACUCCAUCCUCACUGUAAUAUACUGUAUGUCAGUGGAUGAAAAUUGUAAAUGGAAAAAAAAAAGUUAGAUUAAUAAUGUAUAUUUCACAUCAUGUAUGAUAAUUAUUUUGUCAUGAAGUGUUGUUUUAAACCUGGUCUCUUUAUUUCAGUUUUGUUGUAUAAUACUGUACUUUAAAUGUUUAUCUAAGUGUUAUUUUGGAUUGACCACGUAAUAUUUUUAAAAGUUGUAGUUAUUGUAAAUGUAUUUAUGUAUUGACGAGCACAUUCCUUUUUUGAGUUUGGAGAAAACGGUGGGAAUGUUAAGUUUGUUUGUUUUUCUUAAUGUAAACAGUACAUUCUUUCAUUUAUUGAUGACUUCUAUCUGAGAUUAGAGGCGAUAUUUGAACUGUUUUUCAUUGUCCUCAAGCUACAUGCCCGUCACGAAUGCGAUACUCUUUCCAAUGGAAAUAUUGUCACUUCAGCCAUAAUGCAAAGGAACGGAAAGUUAUGAGCCAAUGUGACAACACCAGGGUUUGAUUCCGAUAUGGAUUCGGGCAGAAGUUUUACAGUUAGGUGUAUCAGAAAGUUGUGAAAGACCACUAAACCGGUUUUGUACCUCAUUAAAAAGUGGUAUGCAACUGCAUUUAACAUGGAUGUAACAUUACUACAGUCUGCCUUUUGUCUGUAGACAGCAAAAAGUAUUUUGCUAAAAUGACUGCACAUUAAAAAGCACAUAUAACUAAGCCUUUUGCCAAGAACCUGCAAUAUUCAAGAGUAUGUUUAUUGCUUUAUUUAUAUUAUAGAUUAGAGAUUUUUCACAAAUCAGUGCCAUAUGUACAUUUUUAAGACACGGAAAAGUGGAACAACCCUAAGUUGAAGGCCGAGCAUUGAAAGGUAAUUGUUAGUGUGGUGGCUGAAUGCAUUAGAGUCAAUACAACAUGACGACUUGUGUCAGGUACACAGGAAAGUAUUCAAAGUGUAACAUUAGAUGAGUCCUGAACUGGCAAAAACCACAAUAAAUAAAACAACACCCCAUACGAUCAGUGUUACUCUUUACGUUAUAAAGAAUACAUCCGUUUGUUAUUCCACAAAUGAGGAACCCGAAUGUUUCAUAGAAAAGUAUCUAGUGGUAGUUUUAUUCAUAGGAAAGUAUCUGAAUGUGAGACAGCAUUUCUUCUGAGGCAGUAACUGCCAUCCAUCUGGUACUUUGACUUUAAACCAAACAUAUGGAAUGAUUUGACCAAGCUCUGCUUUAAUCCUCUUUGAGAUGUGUGAUUUUGUUGAUGCUGUAUGUAAAUACUACAUGACAAAGUGCUAACAUUGUGAAAGUGGCUGACCAGCAAAGGAACUGUCAAGUGAUUGGUCAUAUUUGUGUGCUAUCUGUGGGAGAUGUGAAGUGCGGCAGAAGUAGACUUAACAAAACAACCCCCUCCCCCCGAGUCUAUUUUCCCAUGGCUUCUGUUCGAUCUAUGCCGUCCUUUUUAAGAAUAUUGAGGAGGGUCUGUUUAGACUACAGCUCUUUGCCUUUGUGCUCGCUCUCUGUGGGUGGUCUAUCCCUUUUUGGAUUCUCAAUGUCUUUGAAAUGCAAGUUGCAAUAUUAAAUUCAUCUGAAAAUGC